AUGGCUACCUCUGCCGUCACCGCCGCCGCCCCCACCUCCUCCUCCAAAUCCUUCAGAAUCGUCUCCCGUACGAUGCAGUCACUGGUCCUCCUCAUUGUCUCGAUUGGCACGGUCAUCACCAUCGCGUGGCUCGUCCUAAACCCCCGCCCUCCCGCAUUCCGGCUUGACUCCCUGUCCCUCUCCGGCCUCCCCAGUGCCUCCGAUGCCUCAUCCCGUCCUCCAGGACCCCACGUUCGGAUCCAGCUCACCGCCACCAACCCAAACAAGAAACUCGGCGUGGUCAUCCAGGACGUCAACCUCUGGCUCGCAAAAGUUCACUGCAAGUGCCAGCUCCCUCUUGAGCCCCAACCACACAGCAUCGUCGGAGUAUCCCAUCAGUAA